CGUGCAGUUUGCCUUGCUGCAGGCUCGCACUCAACGGAUUUUCCGCCCUCGAGCGGCGGCACACGGAGAUGAGUGGGAUUCCCCUAAAAUGGAGGCAAGACACGGUACUGCGUAGUACCACUCUGGAGACGAACGCUAUCCAGCACUUUCUCCCCCACCCCUCCCUCCUUCUGACUUGCCGCGCCUCUUGUCUUUUUUCCUUUUUUUAUUUUGCGAGCUAGCAAGCAACGACAUUUCACAUCACGCAUGUUAGCUUAAAUAGCGCUUUGUUUAUUCUGCUCCUCCGCUUAAUUCACGUGUGGUUUUAUUAUAAAAACUCAUAAAAUGCCAUUUUAAUAUUACGGACACUAUUGUGAUAUAAGUUUUUACUUGUUGAAUAAGUAUGUCCCAUCAAUCUUAGCUUGUGACGUAGCAAUACACAACUACUAUAAUUAACGUGGCAAAUAAUACAAUUUAACGACGCUGGCGACAGCAUGUGAGGACGGGGUGAAAACACGAUUGGAAACGGGCUGCACAGGACCAUCAGAUCCGGCUGGCGAAGGAGAGAGCGGCAGACGGAAGAAGGGGACGGACGAGUGGAGAGAGAAAGAGAAGAGUGAAAUGAGAGGAGUUAUGGGUAGAAUAUGAAUCGCCGGAUCCGAGCGCUGCAGUAACCACGGCGGUGUCGCUGGACGUCCUUGCGCCGCGGGUCCCCCCCCCCCCCUCCCUGCCGGGUGUCUGUGAGCCAGAGACCUGCCAGUGUUUGGCCUUGAACGUGACUAUAUUUCACCCUGACGGGAACUCAGUCACCGCCCCCCCCCCCUCCCCCCGCCCCCUUCCCCCUCGUCUGUGUUCCUCGAUGCCUCUUCCAGCUGCUGCUGAUUGGCUCCUCUGACUUUUAGGAAGCUGUAAGGAAUUCUUCUUUUCUGCUCGGUUGUUCCGUCGUCGUCGCGGUUCAUUUAGAUGCCAAUUCCGACCGCGCCGCUGCGCCCGUCUGUCACAGUUCACCCGGGCUCCUGUCUGGAUGGGUUUCGGAUGUGCCGUUCUGAUUGGUCAAGAAGUCGGCGAGGAAGAAAAUGCUGAGGCGGUAACUCGGAGAAGAAGAGGAUAAAAGCGUGAGAGCGAGGCAGAGGAGCCGUGGGAGAGGGACAGAACUGUUCCUGUUCCUGUUCGGGGCAGUGUCAGCGAGACCCAUCCCCCACAGCAUGACGGGGUGACCCCCCCACCCCACUCCACCCCCACCCGCCCCACCGUACCAUGGUCUUGAUCCUGAGGGAGCUGGACUCUGCUUGACGCAUUAUGGAGUCUCACUGAAACCUGGAACCGGAACCGGCAACAGGAAGUAGAAACCGUUAAGUCGACCCCCUGUGUGGGGUCAAUGAGUUUGCCCUGUCAGGCCUAAGACUUUAAAAAGAGAAAGCUGUCAGCGAGAGCGCCUCUUUGUUUUCGUUUUCUGGCGGUUUGGGUUCGCUCCGCGCCCCGGCGAUGGCGGUGAGCGUGUCCGUGGGCCGCGACACCAAGUGGCUGACCCUGGAGGUGUGCCGGGAGUUCCAGCGGGGCACCUGCUCACGCUCGGACGCCGAGUGCAAGUUCGCCCACCCCUCGCGCAGCUGCCACGUGGAGAACGGCCGCGUCAUCGCCUGCUUCGACUCGCUCAAGGGGCGAUGCACACGUGAGAACUGCAAGUACCUGCACCCCCCACCUCACCUGAAGACACAGCUGGAGAUUAACGGGCGCAACAACCUGAUCCAGCAGAAGACUGCGGCGGCCAUGUUGGCUCAACAGAUGCAGUUCAUCCUGCCUGGAGCCCAGCUGCAGCCAAUAACAACGUUCCCAGUGACCCCCUCCCUGGCUGGCAGCCCCAGCAUGGCGUUCAGCCCGUACCUGGGGCACAUGAGCCCGGGGGUGGGGCUUGUGCAGGAGCUCCUGCCCAGCGCCCCUAUGCUGGUCCCGGGGAGCCCCACCGGACUCGCCAUGGCAACCAGCAGCCCCUCACAGAAACACCUGCGCACAGACAAGCUGGAGGUGUGCCGGGAGUUCCAGCGGGGGAACUGCACGCGGGGGGAGAGCGACUGCCGCUACGCCCACCCGCUGGAGGCCGCCAUGGUGGACGGCAACGAGAACUCGGUCAUCGUCUGCAUGGACUACAUCAAGGGCCGCUGCUCCCGGGACAAGUGCAAAUAUUUCCACCCCCCCGCCCACCUGCAGGCCCGGAUAAAGGCCACCCAGCACCAGGCCAUGGCCCUGCCCCCGGGGGCCCUGCAGCCGCUGCCGAAGAGGCCCUCCCUGGAGAAGAGCAACGGGGCCCCGGCCAUGUUCAGCCCCAGCAUGUUCCACUAUCAGCAGGCCCUGGCCAACAUGCAGCUCCAGCAGCCUGCCUUCAUCCCCACAGGCCUUUUGAAAGCCCCAGCCCCGCUGGCAGCAGAGGGCCACUGGGAGAGGCACCCCCACAGCCGCUACCUGUCAGUGCCUGGAAUUACUGUUCCCAUGAUGCACAGUGCCUCGCCCUCCACUGUUACGUCGGCCUCGACCCCCGUCACCAAUGUUCCUUUUGCCGACACCGCAGCCUCCAAUCAGACCCUGUGGAGGUUUUGAGCGCCGACCUGGUGGAACUCCAGUGCAUCCCUGUGGAACCCCACUUCUGCCCCGUCCCCAAACUCCCGGUGGCAUCGCCUCCAGUGGCCCUGAACCCAGUGAGCCUCUAAAGUACCUAAUUUCACACCGACCCUGAGUUCACAGACACACCCCGCCCCCCCAAAAAAGAACACAGCAGUGACCUAAAUGCAUAAAAACAACAUAGAACGUGCCUAAUCUGCAGCAAAGCAAACCUACAUGACGUCUACAUUUCUAACAGCCAAUAGCAUAAGGUAUUUCCGAGACAAAACAUCAUAUAUGUAUAAUACACCCAUCCCCCCCCCCUCCCCACCCUCAACUUACUUACGCAGGCAAUACUGAGCUGGACCCUGAACUGUUAUUAAGGACAAUUUUGAUACUGGAAGGCACGGAGGAGCUUGCUGAUAUUGAAAUGGAUAAUGUGGGGAAAGCAGAGAUACACUUAAAGACUCACACACACACACACGCACUGUCCCGCUGUGUAAAUCAUGCCCCCACAGGCCUGCUGAAACAGACAGCGAGCCCCCGCACUUUACAGUACAAACUCUGGGGGAUCUGUGGUGCUGAGCGAGUGGGCCUACAUGGGCCCACGUAAAUAAACCUUCAUCAGGACUGACAGCGUGGGGAGGGGAGCUCAGUUACAAAUUGGAACCAAACUCAAGUCAAGGAAGCUGGGACCUCAAUUCACUGCACCGGACAAAAAAGGAUGAAAAUAAAUCAAAAGCAAAAGGAAAAAGAAAGACGACGCUUUUGCUUUAACAGCAAUGGGCAAAAAGAUGGUCAGCAGCAUUUGAUUCUUUUUUUAUGUUGUUGUGUUCGUUUUAAAAGGAACCUGUACACAAAAAAAAUGUUUCUAUUUGUUUACAUUUUCACAGUAGCCAAAAAAAGGGGUUUAUCUGUGAAUCGCAACCAGCUUAAUGAAAGAGAAUAAACUAGGAUGGGUCUCCCUCUGUUGUGUAAAUCAGGCCUGUCUACCCAACCUCAUGAGUCCCUCGGUUUCUGUUGGGUUAUUAGGUGCCUUUCAGUAUUAGCUAUACAUAGAAAUUGGGGCAGGGAGGGCGGAGACACGGUGUUGCCCUAUUAUCUGACACCCACUUAAAUUAAUUUAGCCCCAAGGUGGAAAUAGAAUACGCCGACUCCCCUGUAUCCUUGAAGUCGGAGAUUAGGGUGUGUAAUAAGUUUCUGCAGUUUUUUUUUUUUAAUUGACCAUAUAAGAUUAGAUCUUGUUACCAGGCUGUUUAGCAAAUACGCUGUACCUAGCCUCACGUGUUUGGCUCUUAACUAUGAGCCUAACUAUUCACUCAGCUGUGGUAUAACCCCACUAACUGUGAGGAUGUGCUUCACUAAUUAAGCAAGUAGCAGUGGUCAAGUGGCAAUUUUGUGAUGAAUCACAAUCUUGUGGAGGCAGGAUAACAAAAGGACACGGUGAUUCUAUGCUGCAACAUUCUCUAGUGGUGCCCAGUUAAGUGAUGUACACACUAGCCACAAGUUCCGAACUGUUUCGCUACUAUAACACGUUUUGACGUGACUAUCUGAGAAUUAAGAAUAUCUACUACACCUUUAAUUUUUACUUUGUCUAAGGUCUGAUGACACCCCAGAGUCUGCUACAUUUUUUUUCUUCUUCUUCAACAGGAGACUCUGGUAAUAUAAAAACAAUGUAAAACUGUCCAUUAGCAAUAUCUUCAUCUGCACCAGUGCUUUGACAGCUACAUGCAGCUGGUGAAUCCAUUCCUUUAAAAUAUUUAACUUGUUACUCCAUUAUAGAUAAAAUAAAGGGCAUAUAACAAAACCAUAGAAUUCUCUGGGCUUUGCAGGAUAAUUCUUCAGUAGCCAGACUUCAGACUAUUCCUGUGUCCUCUUGGCUGGCAGCCAAGAUAUCUCAGUUCUAAAAAGGCAGUGCAGUGGCCUCAAACCAGGGGUGCAACUAAUACUGUAAACCUGUGCAACAGUAGACUUGAAGGCAUCUUCAUAAAUCUUCAUAUUAGCAAAGCACAAAGUUAUUACCGUUCACUCACACUAGUUUUGCCAAGUGGGAAAAUCAAUACAGAAGUACUCUUAGGCAGAGGUUGGGUACAGAGUCUCAGGGGUGUGUGUGUGUGUGUGUGUGUGUGUAUGUGUAUGUGUAUGUGUGUGAAAUGAAAAAUCACACCAGCCAACCAAAUCCAUUACCAUGAUUUGCAACCACCAAUCAGUGUGCAAAGUCUAUCCCGAAAAAAUUAACAAAGUUUUCCGACGCCAUCAGAGAUUGAAUGUCUGGAAUGGAGACUCCCCCAUACCCAGUACUUCAGUGCUUAGGGUGUAGUCCGGUUACAUUUUGCCGCUAUGUGAACUACACUUCCCAGUGCGAACAGAUAAGCUCUUACGAAUAUUAAUGGGUCUCUUUUCCCCCACAUCCUGUUCUACCUGCCCCAGGCACACCUCUUCUCCUGAGGGGGAUCUAUCAUUUUUUAUGCUGUUUUAUCCAUGUAAUUAAAAAAUAAGUUGUAAUUUCAAACUAAUAUUUAUUCCCAGAGAAAUAAAUGUUAAGGCAGAUUUGGAUAAAUGCUUAUGGCCAGCUAGACACCCAAGCAGUUCUUGGAUGAUGGUGACUGGUGGAUUUUAUUAAAUAAAAUUUUAGCUCAAACUAUAUGAGCGUGCCUUUUCACUGGCCAGGAUAACGUAAAAGGAUGCUGUAUUUUACAACAAGGAUAAAACAACAUGGCCCUUUUUUGUUAAUUUUGUGCCAUUCUGUUUAUUUUUUGUAUGUUAAGUUCAUUGAAUGGUCACAUGUAUACAAACAAAUUCACGUAUAGAACUGAUUCUUCCACAUAUUGUCACUCUGAAAAAACUGGCAACACUGCAUUUAUUUCUGACAUCAUUAGUCAAACAAAUAUCACCGUAGUGCAUUUUGAAACUUUAUCAGACCAAAAUGGAUGUUUGAUGGAUGCAUGUGAGUGAGGAAACACAAGGCAAUCCCUCCAGCAGAAAUGUAUUUGUGUUUAAUUGUUUGCCCAAAAAUAUUUAUAGGUGUUUCUGCAGCAAGCGGAUGCAAUGAUGAGAACAGCAGUUAGAGAAAUCAAGCACAGAUUAAAACACAAGAGUGUGUUACACGUAACUGCUUUUUUAAAACAUAUUGGAGUGAAAAUUAGCCUUAAACAGUUGGACACUGAGUGGAGAAAGUUCUUGUAUGUACAAGCAUAUGUCUGUAUAAUCUAAAAUGCUGUAAAAGAGUAAAUGACAGCUGCAUUUGAUUGGCAAGUGUUGCCCACAGAAGCUCAUUCUGGAAGGGUUUAUGGGUCUCCAAAGGGUGUCAAAAGCUGGAGGUGCAGGUUCACUGUGAGCCUUUUUCAUCCCCCUCAGAGCAAAAAAAAAAAAACACAAAAAUAUUUUUUGUUGUUGAUCCAGAGAAUUCAGGUUUUUUUCUAGAUGCAACAGGUUUUUGUAAAGCCUCUUACUGUGUGUGGAAUUUGAAGUUUAUUUUUUAUUUUUUUCUGUGACUGAGCAUACAGAAUAGCAAAUUAGCAUUGCAGUGCUGUGGUUUGACAGAUGCAGAGAAUUAUGGGAGAAAAUCUAUAAAGCUGUGGUCUGUUUUUGUAAGUCGCUCUGGGUAAGAGCUCCUACUGAAUGAGUGUAAUGUAAAUGCAAUGUCAUGAUUUUGGGAACACAGGGACAUUCAUUGUGGGUAUCUAGGACUGCUGACUUUUUAAGGAUUAUUUUUCAUGUACCUCUCACCAGUAGAUGUUCUAGCCAAAAGCAAAACUCCAUACUGUAUCUGACAUGGAAAAUUUUCUGACAUUUUAAUUUCAGCCAUUUAUUUUCAGCGAAACAUUAAUCCUGUAACAUGUGCAAUUUAUAAUAAUGAAAUCAGUGCUUAUGUUGCAUUAGGAUACAUUGUUGUCUCUCACAGCCAAUGAGUGUCAGAAACUUAGGGUAUGCACCAAUCACAGGAAAGCAUGAGAAAUGAGCACAGCAAAUUGUCACGACUGACUGUUAAUUGAUGUAACCUCACCGAACAUCACUAUGAGAAUGAGCGUAAGGCUCAUAAGGCAAAUUCUCUGCCGUCUAGCCAUAACAAAGAGUGUUAAGCUAUGCUUUUAAAAGGACAUACAAGGCCUGUAGAGACAGCUGCGAGUGUCUUUAUCCAGUUGAGAGGAAAUGGAGGAAACUGUGCCCUGAAGUCUAGUGAGCAGGGUCCAUUUUGGCUCAAGAUGUUCUGUUCAGGAGUGGUGCACUUAGUUUUACCCUUGAUCUGUGUUCUGUGAACGAAGUAUGGUACCUUGCUAUGAGAGCCUGGGGGAAAUUAUGUUUGUGAGGGUCUCUGGGUGUUUAGAGGGUGCUGAAUAUGGGUUGGAAAAGAGUAGGAGUGACUUUAGGUUUAGGAUUCUUGAUGGUAAAGAUAGUGUUAUACUUUAGUUUACUGGGGUACAGAACAGCAGAACUGGAGGUUUAGUGGAGGAAAAAGACUUGAAAUAACAAUCAGAUUUUAUGUUUUUAUGAAAUGAUGCAAAUGCUGUAAUUUGAUUAAUGAAUGAAAACAUUUUUAUCAAAAUGCCAUGUUAACUGUACAGAUACCUGAUCAGUUGUGUAUGUGCAUUGCAGUACAUUGUCAUCCUACAUCCUUUUUGUUGUUUUGUUCUGUUUUGAAAUGUUGUCAAGAUUUGAAAUUGGAGAUCAAACUAAUGGAAGUCAAUGAUGGCUUUCUUUCACAAUUAUUAGAAGGUUUUGGUUGGAAAAUCAUUUUAAAAGGUUCCACAGCAAACCUGAGUGAGAAACGAAAGAAGGGGGUGAAGAUGGAGAUAGAGUGGUUGGUGGUCCUGAGUUGGCAACAGGUCUUUUUUUUUUCUUUUUUCUUUUUGUUGCUUUUUUCUGUUAGGUUAUUUUACUGGGGCGCAUGGCUUAAAAAGUAUUGCCAAAUGAUAGAAAGGAAACAGGAUAGCUAUGCUGAAAAUAAUCAGACCUUACAGCAGAUAUCAGGAUACGAGGAAGCCUCUGCGCGCAGAUAAAAAUGGUUCAUUGGUAAGUCCCAGCAAGAAAGCAUUGAGAAUGUAUCCAAGACCUCUUCAACCGACCAUUGUGAACACACUGUACAAACACCAGACAGAAAAGUGAAUAAGCAUUGACCUAGUAUCACUAUGGAUGAUUUUGUAUUACUGUUGCCAGUGUUUCUUGAAAUGCAAAAAUGGCAAAACGAAUAGUCUGAAUACUAUUCCUUAAUAAUUAAUAAUAAUAACCGAUACAUUAAUUGACACUGAAUUGUGGGACAGUCACAAGCCAAAUGAGGUCAAAUGUCAAACACAGAAACAAUAUGCUGCUUUAUGCUGUUGGGCAAAUUGUUUGGACUGUGUGAUAUGAUGUGUAUAUAUACCGUAUAUGAUCUUUUUCUGUGUAUAUCUAUGUAAAGGAAGGUUGGGUAACUCCAGUGCCUGAAGGCAAGGGUACUGGUACUGGAGCGGGGGGGAAUCAACUUCUGAUUUAAUUUGAAAUUGAUAUCAGGUGUGAUUUAAAUGCAAUGGAUGAUUGGGUUUCAUCCAUCUGUCUGAGGUUAAGUCAUGAAGGACUGGAGUUGCCUAGGUGGAAACUCUUAACACACACUCUCUCUCUAAAGCUCACUCUCUUCCUCUCUAUGUCUUAAUGAGAAUCAUGCCUUCUCCAACUGCUGUUAAGCUGGAAAAAAAAUACUUGAUUUAAAAAUUGUGCCUCGUCAGUGGGGCCUUAGACAUUUUAAAGUACGCUUGAAUUUUAAAAAGUGUACUUUCCUUGUACAAGGGACUAAUUAGAUAGCUAGGAUAAUACAAGUGUAAAUAUUGCCAUUAAUUUCUUCAUUCUUUUUAGAUUUCCUUUCAAUUGUAGUUUUUAUUAUUGUUCCUGUGUCAUUUUAGUUGUGUUAUUGUCUUAAUCAUCUUCGCUGUUAGAGUGAUAUUUCCUAGAAAUAGUGACAGUCAACAUUUUAAGAAAAUCAUAUACCAGAUUUUUGCUAAUCAGUUUCCUCAUUUUCUAUUAUUAAAAAGCAUGAAAAUGAAAUAUUACUCGGUUUGUGUAGUUUGCAGUUUAAGAACAACAAAUUGAAUAUAUAAAUAUAUAUACAUUUGUAUGUAACUAUACAAUGAUAGAUUCAUUGUGACUUAUGAUAGUAAGUUGUUGUUGCUAUGGCAACAAAACUACAAUUGUGGCUACCUUUGUAUACCUUAAUUGUGAAUUUUUUCACAUGUAAAUUGAAUCAAUGUACGUUAACUUAUUCGGAAAGAAGAAUGGAUAGGUAGAUUGUCUUGGAUAAAGAGAUGUUUGAAUAUUUUGUAAGAAAAAAAAACUGGGAAGAAAAUGAAAAAAGUUCACAUCCAAAGGGCCUGUGGUGAGAUCUUUUUACUUUAAGUUAAUUGUUUUUAUUUUCUUUUUAUCUUCUCGUUUUCUUUUUAAUGUUUGAAAUGAGCAAAUUGAAUGUUAGCAUCUGGGAUUUUAAUGUGACCAGUGUGACCUAUGUGGGGAGAAAGAGACUUAUUUAUAUUUUAAUUUCUACUGUAUUCAGAUCAGCUAUAAAAUCAGAAAUAAUUAUAUAAAGCAUUCUCGCAAUAAUAAGUAAAAUGGUGUUCUUCAAAUGAUUCAUUUGGGAAUUGGCCUCUACCUUUUCAUUUUGUUUAAUCUUCUGCAUUUUUAAUCUGUUCACAGAAGCAAUGACAAAACACUAUCCUCAAACAAAUCUCCACUUCUACUCUGUUUAAUUCCUUUUCAAGGAAUGUGAUUUGUCAGUUUGUUGCUAGAAGGGACUACUUGGCUUCAUGACAGAAAAGUGAUGACAUGACCAUAUGCGCACAGUCGCACCAUCAAACUUUUUAUUUAAAAAAUGAUGAUCAAUACUUACUGUGGAAUUAAAAAUGUCUUUAAUAUAGUAAAAAAAUAAAAAUAAAUAAAUAAAUAGUAAAAAUAAAGAAUCACCAGAUAUGCUGUUGCAGGGUUGGCAGCACUGUUCCUCUGUUCAUGAGAUGGCCUACGAUUUGAAAUCUCUGUAGCUUUUUUCUUUCUUUCUUACGUCUGCUUGAUUUUGAUUGGUUCUUCUUGCUGUUGAAAGUCUCGUCCUCCCCGCUGGCUCACGGGUGUGCAUCGUUCCCAGCAGUGCUGGGAGUGCCUGUCACUCGAGGCCGCUGAGUCGGUGAACGAAUGUCUGCUGUUUGCUUCGUUUGCACUUACUUGCAUAAGUCGAAAUAUGUAUAAAGGGAAAAACUAUUAAAAAUCCAAUCACUGUAUCGUUAAUACAGGCACAUAAUUAUGAUUUUAAUGGUUUGUAAAAAAAAAAAGAAAAAAGAAAUGAUGCUGUUUUUAUGGAUUUGUCUUUUAUUUGCCUUUGCCCUAGUCCUUUUCUCAAAAGCAUGAUGUGGUCUCACUGUUAAGAUUUUUCAAAAAAUAUAUAUCAAAAGAAGCUUUAUAGGUCGCCAGAGCUAGACCAGAGAAGCUCUUUAGGUGGCUAUACAGACACAAACACACCCCCCCCCCCACACACACACAAACAGCACUGAAUCCAGCUGUGUGAUACUGAAGAUGGCAGAUGAUUUUUCUUGACUCUCUCAGGAUAGAGUUGACAUGAAAUAGUCCUCAUGUUUUUCAUUUACUUAUCCUGCAUAUAGCACAUUCAGUGUGUGCUGCAACCACACACCACUCUGUAGAUCAAUGAUGAACAUUCUUCGGGUAUAGCUCUGGUGGCCCAUCCAGCAAAUUUGAGUGAAUCAGUUGAAUCAGGUGCUUUUAAAAGUAAUGAACAACCACUGUGAUAAGUGGAGAGUGUAAGUACGCACUAUACUCCAUUACCAAAAAAUCAAGCCUUUUUCUCUAUUAGAAUUUUCUUAGGCCUUCUAUUAGGGAACUGCAAAAAUUUGGUUAUUUGUUUUCUCUGAGUCUUUUAGAUUUAAUCAUGAAAUACUUCUUCAUAUUUGCCUAAAAAACAGCAUAAGCUUUUGCUGUAAUCUCAGUUAAUGUAUGUAAUGUAUUGAUUGAUUGAUUGAUUGAUUGAUUGAAAGGGCAAAUGGUCGACAAAAACAAAUACCUUUUUUGGUCGUUUUGAUUUUGUUUCACAGUUUGCUAAAUAUUUUACAGUUGAAAACAAUUGAACUCAUUUGAAACCACAUAAAACAGCAUUGUUUCUUUAAAAACACACACACACACCAACAAAUCUGGAGUAAGCCUCUGUUUGCACAAAUCUUGAUGUACAUUUGGUAGUGGUGGAAGCCAAAAAUUUUGUUGCCAUGGCACUUGUUUCCUAGCAGUGGGGGAGGGGCAGAGUCUCAUUGGGUUGCUAUAAGUUAAUGCAUCCCUUGGGCCGAUGUGAUUGGUCCGCAGCCUUUCAGAAAUGUAAACAAUAAAGAGAGAGGGAACUCUGACCUGCACAGUUGAAAAUAUGUAUGUAUAAUCGAAUGCAUGGGAGAACGCAGUGAUUCAUGCUGGAAGCUGCGUGUGAGAUUUGGCUGUUUGUGAGACAGCCAGAGGCGUAAAACAUCCGUCCCUGUGGUAAUAAGCCUGCGCUCACACAGACUGCGUUCAUGUUUCCUCUGGGCGCCAUGAAGAGCACUUCUACCGCCGCUGCAGUCCUGGAUAUUUACUAUGGAGUGCGAGUGAGUCAGUACCAACUUCUCCCACUCACCAGUGACUGCCGCCUACAUCUACCCUUUUCCCGGAAACUGGAUCAGGCCACCUUGUUACAUAUAAAUCAGCGCAUUUGCUGUGACUGACGUCAACGAUUUCAGAGAAACAACUGUUUAAAAAAAAGUACUUCAUAAACUUGCUUCCGUGUUCGUGUGGCAACUGGCAAAGGACGCUCUCCAGAAACCUGAGUGUGCUGGGUUCCGCGGAUAUCCGUUUGAAAUGUGCAGCGAGAAGUGCUUUUUCGGAUGAAGUGCCUCGUUCAGGUGUGCCUGUCCCAGAGUCAGUCUCUCGUUGGGAACAGGAAAGGAUAAUGUCCAGCAAUCUCCUCAAAGCCAUAUCUACUGGGCUCCCCUUCCUCCACUACAAGGCGUCAGUUAGCAAAAUGCUUUUGGUUUUGCUCUCUUUUUUUGCUCUUGGUAUGUAAGAAAAGUCCUUUACUCUGUAUUCAAUUAAUAGUGCAUGCAUGUGCUUCUGAACCCUGCUUUUCAUUUCAUAUGUAUGUGUACAGAGCCGGCCCAUGAGACUGUGGGGCCCUAGGAAAGAUCUUCAAAAUGGGCCCCAAAAGAAUAAUAAUGAAAAAGAUAAAUAAAAAAACAUCACAGGGGCUCCUUAACCUAGCCAGGGCCCUAGGCUGGGCCGGCUUUGUAUAUAUAUAUAUAUAUAUAUAUAUAUAUAUAUAUAUAUACACACACACACACACACAACACGAGUGCUAUUAUUUCGAUUGACCUUUUAAUAAAGCACUUAAUUAUA